AAUUCUAAUUCAUUGAUUACUCUGUUUGAAAAACAUGCUAUUGUCUUAAUAGUUGGCUGUUAUGUGUAUGAGGAGGAUGUAGAAUAUGCAUAUAUUGAUCACUGUGUACAAUCUGUAUCUGUAUCUUAUUUUAAUGAUGAAUAUACUCUUACCCCAGAUGAUCUAUCAAAUUUAUUUCCCUUAUUACUUUACUCUGCUUCUGUAGUACCAAAUUCCUAUAUUUCUAACAAUAAUGGAAAUUGGGAAAGUUUCAUAUUAGCAAGACGAUUGUAUAAUGGAAUCACUGACAAUAAACAUGUUAAUUCUAAAAUUAUCGUAUUAUAUAUAAAUGAAAACAAUUGCUAUAGUACUUUAAAAAAUAAUUUAAGAAAAACCGUCUUAUCUGUUACUUCAAAUGCUUCGUCUAGUAGAAAAAUAUUUCUGCAAGAAGAACUUGACACACAACUCGAAAGCAUUAAAGAAAAAUAUGCUAUGCUAACAACUCAAUCCCCUUAA